AGUAGUUUCCUUUUGUGGCUCAGGCAGUUGUUCCUCUUCAUCAUCAGAGAAGUUCAUGGGUUCAUCCAAAACAUCCAUCCACGAGCUGGAAGAGUCAUCCACGGGCAGUCCAGCAUAUGCUGGUUUCUUUGGCUGCUCAGGUAUCUUUACCGGUUCAACCGUUUGCUUGGGCUCCUCAGGAAGAGUAGUUUCGCUGGUAGACUCAGUUGUAACAAUUGUGGUGGUAACUGUUGUAAUUGUCUUGGUUUCAUCCACUAACGGAGCUUCAACAAUUGGCUCAGACUUGACAACUUCUUCAACGAGCGUUACUUCUACUUGUGGCUCAGGAAUUGUUUCAAUAACUGUCUCAGGCUUCUUGACUUCUUCGACGACCGGCUCAGGAACAGCUUCUUCUUCAUCAUCAGAGAAGUUCAUGGGUUCAUCCAGAACAUCCAUCCACGAGCUAGAAGAGUCAUCCACGGGCAGACCGGCGUAUGCUGGCUUCUUUGGCUGCUCAGGUAUCUUCACCGGUUCAACCGCUUGCUUGGGCUCCUCAGGAAGAGUAGUUUCGCUGAUAGACUCAGUAGUCACAAUUGUGGUGGUAACUGUUGUAAUUGUCUUGGUUUCAUCCACUAACGGAGCUUCAACAAUUGGCUCAGACUUGACAACUUCUUCAACGAGCGUUACUUCUACUUGUGGCUCAGGAAUUGUUUCAAUAACUGUCUCAGGCUUCUUGACUUCUUCGACGACCGGCUCAGGAACAGCUUCUUCUUCAUCAUCAGAGAAGUUCAUGGGUUCAUCCAAAACAUCCAUCCACGAGCUGGAAGAGUCAUCCACGGGCAGUCCAGCAUAUGCUGGUUUCUUUGGCUGCUCAGGUAUCUUUACCGGUUCAACCGUUUGCUUGGGCUCCUCAGGAAGAGUAGUUUCGCUGGUAGACUCAGUAGUCACAAUUGUGGUGGUAACGGUUGUAAUAGUCUUGGUUUCAUCCACAAUAGGAGCUUCAACAAUUGGCUCAGACUUGACAACUUCUUCAACGAGCGAAACUUCCACUUCUGGCUCAGGAACUGGUUCAACAAUUGGCUCAGGCUUCACGACUUCUUCGACGACAGUAGUUUCCUUUUGUGGCUCAGGCAGUUGUUCCUCUUCAUCAUCAGAGAAGUUCAUGGGUUCAUCCAAAACAUCCAUCCACGAGCUGGAAGAGUCAUCCACGGGCAGUCCAGCAUAUGCUGGUUUCUUUGGCUGCUCAGGUAUUUUUACCGGUUCAACCGUUUGCUUGGGCUCCUCAGGAAGAGUAGUUUCGCUGGUAGACUCAGUAGUCACAACUGUGGUGGUAACGGUUGUAAUAGUCUUGGUUUCAUCCACAAUAGGAGCUUCAACAAUUGGCUCAGACUUGACAAGUUCUUCAACGAGCGUAACUUCCACUUGUGGCUCCGGAAUUGUUUCAAUAACUGUCUUAGGUUUCUCGACUUCUUCGACGACCGGCUCAGGAACUGUAUCUUCUUCAUCAUCAGAGAAGUUCAUGGGUUCAUCCAAAACAUCCAUCCACGAGCUGGAAGAGGCAUCCACGGGCAGACCGGCGUAUGCUGGCUUCUUUGGCUGCUCAGGUAUCUUCACCGGUUCAACCGCUUGCUUGGGCUCCUCAGGAAGAGUAGUUUCGCUGGUAGAUUCAGUAGUCACAAUUGUGGUGGUAACUGUUGUAAUUGUCUUGGUUUCAUCCACUAUCGGAGCUUCAACAAUUGGCUCAGACUUGACAACUUCUUCAACGAGCGAAACUUCCACUUCUGGCUCAGGAACUGGUUCAACAAUUGGCUCAGGCUUCACGACUUCUUCGACGACCGGCUCAGGUACAGUUUCUUCUUCGUCAUCAGAGAAGUUCAUGGGUUCAUCCAGAACAUCCAUCCACGAGCUGGAAGAGUCAUCCACAGGCAGACCGGCGUAUGCUGGCUUCUUUGGCUGCUCAGGUAUCUUCACCGCCUCAACAGAUUGCUUUGGCUCCUCGGGAAGAGUAGUUUCGCUGGUAGACUCAGUAGUUACAAUUGUGGUGGUAACAGUUGUCACCGUUUUAUUUUCGUCAGCAGUUGAAGAUUGGACACAUGGCUCAGUUUUCGUAAUUUUUUCGAUAACCAAGUCCUCUUGUGGCGAGGGUUCUGAUUCUGUUAUGAUUGUGACUUUUGUCACCGUUUUAGUUUCUCCGAGGCCGAUUUUUUCUUCAUUGGUUGACUUCAUUUCCUGGAUGGUUUUAAUGAUCUGUUUUAUGUUGGCCUCUUCCCCAUUUUCAGGAAGAAGUGGAAUCUCUACUUCGUCUUCGAUCAGUUCCUUCCACGAUUUCUGUUCAACCACCACGUCCUCCGACCCAUCGUCAAUCAUUUCAGCCCAUGACCUCUGUGUCUUGUUUUCUUGUAGUUUGGAAACUGGGAAGUAUUCUGGGUCUUGCAAUGGUUCCUCCAACUUCGUGACUUUUGGUGGAGAAUUAGAUUUGAGCUUGGCCUUGUCCGUAGUAAAUUUAGGUGAUGGUUUAAUCUUUUCUGCUUCUAUAAAAUUAGUAACUUGAUGACUAACCACUGAGGACCAGGACUGACCGCUUUCUUUCUGAACUUGACUGACAUCUGGAGAUAUGGCACGAACCAUUGUCUUUGCCUGUUUCUCAUA